AUGCCACGAAAGAUCAAAAUUGCAGCAGCCCAAGUCGGUACUGUACACCGGACGUCACCCCGAGAAGAGACAUUGAGUCGACUGCUGCAGUUGCUCGGAGAUGCAGCUUCACAAGGUGCUGAAGUUGUACUAUUUCCUGAGACAACGUUUACGACUUUCUUUCCCCGGUACUUGAUCGAAGAUGAGGCGGAAUUGCAAUCUUUCUUUGAACAUGGCGAUGUGGCUACCGCUCCUAAUACCAAGCCGCUGUUUGAUAAGGCGAGGGAGCUGGGGGUUGACAUUUCCGUAGGCCUCGGCGAAGCAACAGAAGAUGGCCAACACUUCAACACCAGCAUCUACUACCACUCCAAAACCGGCUCCAUCCUCUCCAAAUACCGCAAGAUCCACCUACCCGGCGACUUUGAACCUUUCAAAGACCCCAACGCCGUGAAUCAACUCGAAAAACGCUACUUCCUCCCCGGAAACCUCGGCUUCAACGCCUUCCGCGUGCCCAAGCUCGCCUCCAACAGCGAACCCAUCUUCGGCAUGAUGAUCUGCAACGACCGUCGCUGGCCCGAAGCCUGGCGGUGUCUCGGCCUGCAAGGCGUCGAAGUCGUGUUGUGCGGAUACAACACAGCCGGAUUCGCACCUCACCUCUGGGGCGCGGAUGUCUCCCAGACCCCCGAAGCAGCCGAAGCCGACGCCCUCUUCCACCACAAGUUAACCAUGCAAUCGAACAGCUACAUGAACGCCACCUUUUCCGUCUGUGCUGCGAGGUGUGGGAUGGAUGAUGAUAAGUACAACCUCAUUGGGGGGAGCUGUAUUAUCGAUCCGGAGGGGAAGAUUCUCGCGGAGGCGAAGACGAAAGGUGAUGAGGUUGUUUUCGCGGAGAUUGAUCUGGAUGCUUGUCGGCAGGGGAAGACGAGGACGUUUGAUUUUGCGAGGCAUAGGCGGGUGGAGCAUUAUGGGCGGAUUGUGGGACAGACGGGGGUUGUGGAGCCGCCGAGGCUGGGAGGGGGAACGACGACGAGGAGUACGAACGGGACGACGACGACAAAUGGAGACCCCACCGCGAUUACGAACGAAGGAACCCCAAAGAAGAAAGUCAACAUCCUCCUCCUAAACCCCAACUCCACCCCCAGCAUGACCACCACCUGCCUCACAACAGCCCAACCCACCCUCCCCCCCGACGUCCACCUAACCCCCUUCACCGCCCCGGCAAAACUCUCCCCAAGCGCAAUAGAAUCCUCCUUCGACGCCAUCUUCUCCGCCUCCGCCUGCGCCCGCACCCUCCUCGCGGACCCGAACCUCCCCUCCUACGACGGCAUCCUGGUAGCAUGCUACUCCGAACACCCGCUGAUAAAACUCCUCCGGGAGGAACUAGAAAUCCCCGUCAUGGGCAUCAUGCAAGCGUCUAUCCUCUUCGCGUCGACGCUAGGGGCGCGGUACGGCCUCAUCGCCACGAGUCAAAGGAGUAAAGGAAACCACGCCCUGCACCUCGCGCACGACACGUCCUGCGCGGGCAUCAGCAGCGUCGACCUCGGCGUUCUCGAUCUCGAGCGCCUGCCUCGGGAGGUCGUGAUGGCGAAAAUGCGCUCCGCGGCGGAGGAACUCAUCGCGCAGGGUGCGGAGGUUUUAUUGUUGGGGUGCGCGGGGAUGAGCGGGAUGAAGGAGGCGCUCGAGGAGGCUGUAAGUGGGAGAGGGGUGGAGGUUGUGGAUGGGGUUGUGGCGGGCGUGCAGAUUUUGAGUGGGGUUGUGAGGAUGGGGGGACGGACGGCGAAGGGGGGUGUUUUUAGGAGUAGUAAGGUGGUGAGGGAGGGGAGGGGGGAUGGGUUUGUUUAG